UCCCUCGGUCAACAAGCUGCUGAAAGUGUUUUCUACGGGCAGGCGGCGUUGUUGUGCAUACGAAAUACUGUGAAAUAGUUGCAAAUUGUUAGAGAGACAGUGAGAGCCGCGUGAGGGCACUUAACAAUUGCGAAAAGUAUAUGUUUGUAUAAACUGCACGGUUUGUAGUAGACAACGAAAUGUUUGGUGGCACUAAACCAACGUUUGGAGCUGGUGCUGGCACCACCGGUUUUGGAUCAUUUAGCAGCACCCCAACAGCAACACCCUUCGGCCAGUCGGCGUUUGGAAAACCAGCGACGCCUGCUUUCGGUGGCACCAGCGCAUUUGGAGCACCGGCUGCUCAGACUUCGUUGUUUGGUAACACUGCGCCCACAACCCAGCCUACUGGUGGUCUCUUUGGCGGCACGACCGGCACUAGUGCUUUCGGCUCCUCAAUAACGCAGCCCAACACAUUUGGAGCUUUUUCGCAGCCUCAGCAAAGUUCAAACAUAUUUGGUACAACACAAGCAGCACCAAAUACAAAUCUAUUCGCGCAGCCCGCUACAAGCGCUUUUGGUGCUGCCAAACCUACCACGCUGGGAAUGAGUGGCUUUGGCCAAACAGCCACUGCACAACCAACUACUUCAUUGUUUGGACAGCAGGCCGCUGUGACCAGUAGCGCAGGUUUUGGAGCCUUUGGUCAGGCAGCACCAACUACAACAAGUGUUUUUGGUAGUGGCGCCGCAUCGGCUUUUGGUCAGCCGCAGAGUCUGCCCGUUGGCGCAACUGGUGUUGUGGGCGUGGCAGGUGGCGUCAAUGCAGGCACGUCUGUGGUUAAGUACCAGCCUACAAUUGGCACGGAUACACUCAUGAAAGGUGGACAGCCUAACAAUGUGAACACAAAGCAUCACUGCAUUACAGCGAUGAAAGAGUACGAGCUAAAGUCGUUGGAAGAGCUGCGUAUAGAGGAUUAUGUGAGCAAUCGCAAGGGUCCACAGGCAGGCAGCGCACCUGGUGCAUUCGGUUUCGGCAGUCCCGCCACAGCCACUCAGCCAGCAACUGGUGGCCUCUUCGGUUCGCCAGCGCAGCCACAACAGCCCGGCGCGGGACUUUUUGGACAAGCCGCCGCUGAGAACAAAAGUCUCUUUGGAACCUCCGCGUUUGGACAGCCUGCCACUGGGAGUGCUUUUGGUGCACCCGCACAGCAAAACAAUUUUAUGCAGAAGCCAUUUGGAGCCACAACAACAAGUGCCUUUGGCGCGCCUACUAAUGACGCUUCAAAUCCGUUUGGGGCGAAACCUGUGGGCUUUGGACAGCCUGGCGGCGGUCUGUUUGGACAGCCUGCUACAAGUGCUGCGCCCGCUUUUGGACAAACCAACACUGGAUUUGGCGGCUUUGGCAGCACGGCAGCUGCUCCUCAACAACAAACGUCACUGUUUGGCCAAACAAAUGCUACAGAUCCCAACAAGCCUGCCUUUGGCUUAGGAGCUGCCGUUUCUCAGCCAAAUACUGGAUUCGGUGGCUUUGGAGCGCCGGCUACAAGCACAGCGGGCGGUUUGUUUGGCGCCAAGCCCGUGGCUGCCACUAACUUUGGUGCCACGCCCGCCUUUGGUGCCGCCUCCACAGCUAACACGGGCUUUGGAAACUUCAGCAUGACCAACACCAACCCAGGCACUGGCGGUCUCUUCAAUUCCAAUCUUAAUAAGCCACCUACAUCGGCUUUCGGCGGCUUUGGCGCUCCGAGUUCGGCGCCGCUUAACUUUAAUACUGGCAAUACAGGCGGCUCCAUUUUUAGUAAUGCGGCUAAGCCUGGUGGUGGUCUUUUUGGUGGUGGCGGCGCUACAACGCUUGGCGGAGGUGCUGGCACUACUAUUGGUGGAGGACUCUUUGGUGGUAGCACUACCGCCGGCGCCUUUGGCACAGGCACGUCUACGCUGGGUGCUGGCUUUGGCAGUCUAGGCGGCGGUCAUAAUGCGCUGGGCGGCAUGGGCUUAACUGCCACACCUACCCAAGGGCAAACUGUGGUGCCCAUACAUCAGCAAAUACUAUCCAAGGUUACAUCGCCAUAUGGAGACUCGCCCAUUUUCAAGGAUUUAAAACGUAAUGAGAAUGUAGAUGCCACACGAGCCACAAAUCCAGCUGCGCAGCAAGCGGUUCUCGAAAUGAACAGUAAUCAGUUUAAGGUAAACAACAAGGUUAGUCCUGUGGGUGUCCGUGUUAAGGCGCUGGGUAACUCCAAAAACCGCAAGGCCAUGUUUGAUGGUCUUGAGGAGCUCGAUGCCAGCGUUGAGGGCUUCAAUCUAAAGCCAAACGCUAAGCGUCUGGUUAUAAAGCCGAAGAUAAGUGGCGAGUCCAUUAAUGGCUCCACUAAUCUAACGGGACAGACGAGUGCUGCGCGACUUGGGCGUGAAUCCUUUACUGGCGCUAUACCCAACGAACCUGCGACCAGCGGCUCACCCAUUGUGAGCAGCUCCAAUGCCCGUGCUGAUGUUGAUAGCAGUCGACGUGAAUCGUGGCUGCAUCCCAACAAUUUGGCCAAGGUGCGUCAGCAUAAUCUCCAAUCUGGCAUAGAUCAGGCAUCCUCGCCUCUAAACAGCACACUCACUGAGCUAGUGCCACGCAAGGCGAUUGAGACCUACAGAACAGGUGCGCCAGCGCGUCUCUCCGUCUCCACAAUACCAGAGAAUCCAUUUGAGGAUCAGGGCAGCGUUAUUGCCAGACGUGAUACGUUUGCCUCAGAGCCUGCCAAUGAGAGCACACUCUCUAAUCGUUCACAAGAUCAAGAUGCGCACCUGGCUAUUGAGCCAGCUAAUGCAAGCACCGCAAAUGCAGCUGCCGAGGCUGACGACGACACUGAGAGCGAACCACAUCCAACGGGUAUUGUGCUGCGUCGUGUAGGCUAUUAUACCAUACCAUCUAUGGACGAUCUUAAGUCCUAUUUGGCCGAAGACGGUUCUUGCGUGGUGCCAGAUUUCACCAUUGGCCGUCAGGGAUAUGGCAAUGUUUAUUAUGGAAAACAAAUGGAUGUGGCUGGCCUCAAGCUUGACGAGAUUGUGCAUUUUCGUAACAAGGAGGUUAUUAUUUAUCCGGACGACGAUAACAAGCCACCUAUUGGCAGCGGCUUGAACCGUGAGGCGCAAGUGACUUUAGACCAGGUUUGGCCCUUGGAUAAGACCAAGCAUGAGGCCAUUAAGGAUGCUCAGCGUCUCCUCGAAAUGGACUGGGAAGGCAAACUACGACGAGUUUGCGACAAGAACGAGACCCGCUUCAUUGAAUACAGACCGGAAACUGGUAGCUGGGUGUUUCGCGUCAAGCACUUUUCCAAAUAUGGUUUGAACGACAGCGAUGAGGACGAUGACAACCUGCCCGCCGAUCCAAAGAAAGCCAAAAUAUUGCCGACUAAUGCAGCCGACAAAAUGUUCUUGACAGCACAACGUCAAGCGCCCAAGACGCACGAGGACUCACUCCGCAGUAUGGAUGCCAAGGCAAGCAAUAGGGCUAUGGACAACUCGACAGAGUAUAUGUUAAUGGACAAGACACGCUUCUUUCAAGCUGGCAGUGGCACAGACUUUUCUAUGUUUGAUGCACCACGCACUGUGACAAGUCCCACAGCUGCGUUAGCCCGCGAAGUUGUGGGCAAUGAGCCGCAUAAAUUACAAUUGAUGAAAUCAUCCUUUUUUGUGGAAGACAAUGAUAGAGAUGAUGGGUUCGACCCACGGCCUGUAAUGCCACAACAAAUGCCCUUGUUUAAUCAGGAUCCCAACUUAUGGAAGGAUCUUGGCGCGUCAGAAACCUCCAGUGAGUACGUACGACCCCGAUCCUCAUCGGCAUCCGUAAACAGCAUUCUACGGGAACUGCAAUCCGAGACUUCAUCGUUGGCUGAGGAGACAGUCAAGCCGUCUGAAAAAACCACCCAAGUCUUGGCUGUGGAUGGCCACAAGGCCAUGAAUUUUAUUGUCAAACCCAAGGUAGCAACGCUUAAAGUUUUUGCUGCAACCGUGCCCUUGAUGCGCUCAAUUGCACAUAGUCUAUCCGACCGUUGGAUGGCUGAUCUAGGUUUCUACAAAAGCCGUGGCUUCAAACUAAACUUUGGGCCACGGAACACGAUUAUUGUGCCCAACACAUUGAACAACUUGCGCACUCUGCAUGAAGGCACUGGAGCGUCAACCGCACUGGUAUUUAAGCCGCGUGCCGAAAAUGAUUUUUCACCUCAGCGACUGCAGCUAAUGCAAUUAAAUGCUGUUAAUGCUUAUGCUAAUUUUCACGAGAGCAUUGUGCCGCAUUUGGAGGUGCAUCUUAGCGGCUGCGAGUCGAUAAAAGUCGAGGGCAGCGAGUGUCCUUGGCUGCAUGCGGGUGACGGCACUCAGCUGGUGGCCAAACAUCUCGCAGAGGCUGUAAGGCAGACCAGCACCGGCAUGAUGGCCAGCUAUUCAGUCUCUGUGUGGUCGCUUAUGUUUGCGCUGUGGGGCGAGCACGACGAGAUAGUAGAUCGUGAUAGCGAUUCUCACUUUGUGGUCAUGUGUCGGCGCAAUCUGCUGUCGGAGUGGCUAGAGAACACUCUAGUCAGCAAAGAGCUGCUGACAAAGAAGAUCAAUACCAACAGCUAUCUUAGUCACAUGCUAGAUCUGUUGAGCUGCCAUCGCGUAACUGAAGCCUGUGAACUGGCCUUUAAGUAUGAUGAUGCUAACUUGGCCUUGAUACUGGCGCAGCUAGGAUCCGGCGCUGUAGUACGCACCCUGCUCGAGGACCAGCUCUUUGCCUGGCAACAAAAUAAAUCUGAUAAACACAUACAGCUGGAACGUCUCAAGAUGUUCAUGUUGGCAGCUGGUGUGCCGCUCAUGAAGUCCUCUCAGGGUCCCAUAAAUCUGCUGGAGGACGAAAAUUGGCUAACCACUUUGGCUCUGCAGCUUUGGUACUUUACCGCGCCCACCUCCAGCAUAACCGAUGCUGUGCUGGCGUAUGAUAAGUAUUUCCAAGCUGAUGAAUGCUAUGCCGUCCCACCAAAGCCAAGCUACAAACAAGCGCCCUACAGCAGCCAGACUGAGGUCUAUGACUUACGCUAUCAUCUGCUGCAGCUCUACUCGAAACGCGUGCACUCUUUGGAGCAGACUUUGAACCCGAUUACACACACCGACGAUCCAAUGGACUUUCGCCUAAGCUGGCUGUUGCUACAGGCAUUGGAGGCGUUGGGUUAUGGCCACUGCAGUGAGCUGGCGGAAGCAAAACUGCAUGUAGACUUUGCCAGCCAGCUGGAGAACGAUAGCUUGUGGCAUUGGGCCAUCUUUGUGCAGCUGCACAUUAAGGAUCGCAAUCAGCGUGAACGCGCUGUUCAGCAAACAUUACAGCGUUGUGUUAGCGUAUCGCCCAAAGCGGAUCUCAGUAAAGAGGAACAGUUUGUCAUUGAACAGCUGGGGAUACCCGAGUCGUGGUUGGACUAUGCCAAAGCAUUGCGAGCUGGUGCCCUGGGUCAUCGUCAUCUGCAAGCGAAGUAUCUACUAAGGGCUAAGCACUGGGUCGUGGCACAUGAGAUUAUCUUUCAGUAUAUUGCGCCCGAUGCCAUUAUUAACAACAAUUUGGAUUAUUUGUAUAGCUUGCUGAGUCAGUUUGAGUGCUCGGACGAUGGAUGCGUAAAGGUGCCCAAUUGGACAAACCAGGGCCAGAUAUUCCUUGACUAUAUAGACAUCAGCGGGAAGUUUAAGAACAUUCACAAUGUAAACAGCUUAACAGAUAUACAUGCGCGUUGGGAGAAUCUGAAGCCGCAACUAAGCGAACUCUGCUCACGUAUUAGCCUGUUGCCUUGCCCAACAGCGAAGCAUCGUCUAUGCCAAAGCGAGAUUUCUAAGAGCCUCAGCUGUCUGGUGCACGGCAUGUGCAUUGUCUCAUCAGAAUUUGAACCCAGCUCUGUUUUAAAAUUGGCUAUGAAGCGCUUACCCAUGCCCCAGGAGUUCUCUACUAGAGAACUGGGCAAAAUGCUCGAUGAGCUCCUAAUCCAGAUUGACAAUCUGGCGCCGUUCAAUAGGAUUUUAAGUAAAUAAAGUGAUAGAUUGUUAAGAUUAUAAUUUAACUAAACAUUUAAUUUAGCUUAUGUAUUUUGAAUUUAUGUAAAUGCAACAACCUUUCGCACUCUUAAAGGCAUUAAUAUUUGUUAAUCUUAUGCACGCGAAAAAAAUAAAUUACAGUUUUGUUCAGAACAUUCAACUUAAACGAUGAAAAAUAAGUCAAUUAAAUCACGAAUGUUUUAUUAGCACGCUGGGAAAGUUAAAAAACUUGUUAAA